AUGCACGCUGGCAUCGACUACCAGCGGUAUCUUGAAGAGAAGGACAGCGCUCAAGCCGACCUCGAUGAGUGGAGGACCGCGUUCGGCGACGUAGCCCAGAAGAACGGCUGGAUGCCGGUCUCGGAAGACCGCAGUGCUGACGAUCAAGAAGAAGACCUCCGUCAACGAAUCUUCUUGACCAAGCAGAACAUCGCUAGCGUGCAGGCCGCCAACCCGGACGCCAACUUCUCCAUCAUGUCACCGUUCUCAGCCAUGACCAACGACGAGUUCACCACCUACGUCAUGAAUUCGUACAUUCGUGAUAACUCGACUUCGAGCAGUGGAGCAGCAACACGCCAACUCCGCAGUGAUACCGGCUCGGGAUUCGGCAAGCAGCCUCAAGAGCGGAAUUCUGGAUCGGUGGAUUGGUCAACAACGAAGUGCAUGGCUCCGAUUCAAAGCCAGGGAUCUUGUGGCUCUUGCUGGGCCUUCGCUACGGUAUCGGUAGUCGAGUCCGCGCAGUGUAUUGCGAACGGGAAAACGUCGCUCACCAAGUACUCGGAGCAGCAACUGGUGAGCUGCAACUCGCAGAACUGGGGCUGUGGCGGAGGUGCCCCAGAAUACGCGCUUGAGUCCGUGCAACAGAACGGCCUUUGCACUGAAGACAGCUACCCGUACACGUCGGACGUUGGCUACGCGUAUUCGUGCAGCUCCAGCUGCAACGCUCAUGACACCGGUCUCUCGGGGUACUCACAGUUGUCAGGUGAGGAUGAACUGCUCAGUACGAUCGACGAGCACCCGGUGGUCGUUGCGGUUGCAUCAGGCAACAACGUCUGGAAGCAGUACACGGGCGGCGUAGUGUCUUCCUGUGAUUCUUGGGAGCUCGACCACGCUGUGGUUGCGGUGGGUUACGAUUCCUCGUCAAUCAAGAUUCGCAACUCAUGGGGCACGUACUGGGGUGAGAACGGCUACAUCCGUCUCGCUCGCAGCUCUUCGAGUGAGGGAACGUGCGGCGUGACUUCCGACAUGUCGACUCCGCGAAUGUGA